UGGAGGCUGCGGCGGGGAGGCGAGCGCAGCCCGUCGCCUGCGCUAUUUCCCCUCUCUUCCUCCCUCCCGUCCCUCCCUCCCCGCGCCAGCCCAACUGCGAUCCAGUCACCCACUCUCUCUCCUCGCAGCUAAGCCAGCGAAAAGUUGUUCCUCGCUCCAUCGAAGAAAAGCCGGACUUACAAAACACAAGCCAGCAGCCGAUUGUUGUUUUUCUGCAGGGGUGGGGGAAGAGAGCGAGCGAGCGAGAGAGAGAGAGAGAGGCAGCUUUGCAGAUUUCUUCCCCCCCUCGUUUGCCUUUUCUCCCCGCUUUUGCCAGCGGAUUUCUGGCAAGCGGGAGAGGAGCUUGGCAGCUGGCUGUUUUGCAUUGCAGCAGUGGAGGAGAGAAGCCAUCGCCGCGCUGAGCGCGCCUCUCCUGCAGCUGGGCUGGGCUGCGGUGAGGCGGAGGAGAGAAAGUUUCUUCGGGCUGGCUGGCACCGGGGCGGCGUGGACGCUGGAGUGAGGCCGCGAGCGAGCGAAGCCUUCUCCUCCCUUCACCGGGAGAGGAGCCUCUCCCCACCCCGCCCCACUGCGUGAUGGCUGGCGAGCUGAGCAUCGGCCCCGAGCUGCCCACCAGCCCCCUGGCCAUGGAGUACGUCAACGACUUCGACCUGAUGAAAUUCGACGUCAAGAAGGAGCCCCUGGGCAGAACCGACCGCUCAGGCCGCCACUGCACGCGCCUCCAGCCGGCCGGCUCGGUCUCCUCCACCCCCAUCAGUACCCCGUGCAGCUCGGUGCCCUCCUCGCCCAGCUUCAGCCCCACCGAGCAGAAGACGCACCUGGAGGACCUCUACUGGAUGGCCAACAGCUACCAGCCGAUGAACCCCGAGGCGCUCAACCUCACCCCGGAGGACGCAGUGGAGGCGCUGAUCGGGUCCCACCAAGUGCCCCAGCAGCUGCAGAGUUUCGAGAGCUUCCGGGCCGCCGCCCACCAUCACCACCAUCACCACCACCAGCACCACCACCACCAGUACCCCGGCGUCACCCACGAAGACCUCUCGGGCAACGGGCACCCGCACCACCAUCACCACCCGCACCAUCACCAGGCGUCCCCGACCCCUUCCAACGCCUCCAGCGCUUCCCAGCAGCUACAGACGCACCAGCCGCACCCCUCGUCCUCCUCCUCCUCGUCCUCCAGCAGCGUGGAGGACAGGUUCUCCGAUGACCAGCUGGUCUCCAUGUCGGUGCGGGAGCUCAACCGGCACCUGCGGGGCUUCACCAAGGACGAGGUGAUCCGCCUCAAGCAGAAGAGGAGGACCUUGAAGAACAGAGGCUAUGCCCAGUCUUGCAGGUACAAGCGGGUGCAGCAGAAGCACCACCUGGAGAACGAGAAGACCCAGCUGAUCCAGCAGGUGGAACAGCUCAAGCAAGAAGUCACCCGCCUGGCCAGAGAAAGAGACGCCUACAAGCUCAAGUGCGAGAAACUGGCCAGUAAUGGCUUCCGAGAGGCCGGAUCCACCAGUGACAACCCGUCUUCUCCUGAGUUCUUCAUGGAAGGAAGAAAUCAGAGGGAGAAAUGCACAACUGACCUGGAAAAAGAGAGAGACAAUAUAUGCAAACUCCUCAUAUAUUGCCUGCCUUGAAAGCAAGAAUGACAAAAUUCAGAUGGGACAUUUCCAUGCGAGAGAGGAAAGGGCGAGAAAGGAAAAAAAAAAAGAAAGAACCCUCCUCAGUUUUAUUGCCUGCUUGAUUAUAUAGAAGAAGAAGAAAAAAUACGAAAAAUCUGCAUUAAAAAUAUUAAUCCUGCAUGCUGGACAUGUAUGGUAACUUCUAUUUUGUACCAUUUUCUUGUUUAAACUUUUCGCAUGUCGUUGAUCAUCGAUCAUAGCUUCCCCCCCUCCUGUUGUUACAGUUCAUUUGUGUCUUUUUUUUUCAUUGAGUAAGAAAAUGUCACGAGUUAUAUAUAAAAAGCCCUCUUUCUACUGCUCGUGCAACUGUUUGUUCAUAUUCUGUCUUGUUUUUCUCUUAUAAUCUGGGGGCCCAAUCCCCCAGGAAGUUCUCCUGUGCCACUUCCAUUGAAAUGAAUGGGGCUUGCUGCGAAAGAGCGCAGCUCGUGGAUUGGGCCCUCUCUUAGCUUGUAAAUAACAGCCACAUCCACCCACACAGGGAAGACACGAGAAGAACAUUUCAGCAGGCUGGUUUUCGAUGGUUUGGGUCGUUCUUUAUGACAAAUAAUAAAUUACAAAAAGAGAGAGACAAAUUCUGGGCAUUUUGCAUUCAGAAAACAACUUUGUAUAUUUGGUGCACUUUUAAAAGUUGUAACUUUUUUUUUAAGAUUUAGUUUUCAUUUUGGUUUUUGUUGGGGCAGAAAGUGACAAGCCUAACUUCUUGACACCCCUAUCUUCAGUACACUUGGGAGCAAAGUCUACCCAAAUCAAUGAGGCUGGUGUUGACGUCUGUGCUUUUAGUUAGAACCCAGCUCCGUUGAAACAAAUUCGACUUAACUUCCAAGGAAAUAUGUUUAGGGGUGUUCUUCAGAAAGAGAGAGAGAGAAAAUCAGUAACCCAGGAAGUAUAUUAUUUAAAGUGGCAGUGGGUGAAUUCGAGGUUGGAUCUUCACAGGGCAGUCUACCACUCAGCCGUCUUCCGUUGGGGCCACCUGGUUUUAUCAUACACUCAGGAAAUCAAAAGAGAGGUUAGGACUUGCCAUUUACGUUUUUUGUUCUCCCCCCAACCCAAGCGCCCCCCAGAGCCAGCAACAAUUGGCCGCUUCAUUUUUUUUAGCGCAGAGAGAUGCGAGUCAAUUUCAGUAUCUGCGUCCGUAGCAGCUCACGUGCUUGCGUUCUGAUUGGAGUUAAGUUGAUCAGUGGAAGAGUAUGAAUGAAAUCUGAAUGCGUAGAAAACGGCUCUUUUUUUUUUAUUUUUUUAAAGUUCGUUCCAGAGAGAGACUUCACUUUUCAAGUGUAUUAUUUUGCAGUGUUUAAUCUGCUUCUUCAUGGAGCCAGUGAAAAUUUAGCCAAAUUUGUUCGCAUCUGAUAACGGUAGUAAUAGUUAGCAGUCUUAUGGGUGUUUUGGUUUUUCUUUUUCUUUUUUCCUCCUGCAGGUCAGUUAAAGGAUUUUAUGUUGCACUGACAAAAAUACCAAAAUGAAAACUUUUUAUUUUUUAGUUUUCUUUUAGGGAUUGCUGGCACUGCUGGCCGGAUGCAUUUUAAGUUUGUAUUAGUUUAUAAAUUAACAGUAAUACCAAGAAUCGUAAUAAAUGAAGAGCAUGGUGCUUGCCGUUUUAAAUAUUGUGGAUAUUAGUAAUGCAUCAGAAAAUACCCUCGAGCUUUUGGGUUAUUAUGGAUAUUCAACUGUGUUGAAGUCGCAACAUUACAGCAGCAGGGGGAAAAAGUAUUUGUUUUUAUUUCAUGUAAAAGUUCUGAAGGGAUCAAUUUCAAAUCCAGCUUAUGAUAUGAAAAAUAUUAAAAAAAACACCUCUUGGUCUUAUUGUAGUUUUAUUCAGACUGGUUUCUGGUUUUUUGUUAUUAAAAUUGUUUCCUAUUUUGCCUACUAA